AUGGAUAUUCCUAAGGUAAAUACUUCUAUUCAUACUGCUGAUAAUUCCUAUGUUCUACCGAUUAGAGGGAAUCGUGAGGUUCCACCUAAUCGUUACUCACCAGAACGCAAAGUAAGAUAUGUUAUUGCCCAUUAUGUGUAUGAUCACAGGUUAUCUCCAAAGUGCAAAGAGUUUUUUACCAUAAUGGAUAGUAUUAAAAUUCCAACUCGUGUUGAUGAGACAUUUAAGGAUCCAAAGUGGGUUGAAACCAUGAAUAUUGAAAUGGAGGCGUUACAGAAAAAUAAUACAUGGGGCAUUGGUGAUCAACCAAAGGGAGCCUGUAGGAUGCAGAUGGGUGUUCACAAAGAAGAAGUGUACAUGAGUCUUCCAUCAGGGUAUAGCGAUACUGGUGACGCGGUGAACGUGUGCAGCUUAAAAAAGACGUUGCAUGGGUUAAAGCAGUCUCCUCUGGCAUGGUUUGGCAUAAUUACUGCAGCUAUGAAGAAAUUUGGUUACCAACAGGCCAAUACUGAUCCUAUUCUAUUCAUUAAACACGGGGCUAAUAAGGUGACUUCGUUGAUUAUUUAUGUUGAUGAUAUAAUUGUGACUAGUGAUGUUACUGUAGAAAUCGAGGAACUGCAGAAGCAUUUAGCGUCUAAAAAUUUGGGUAGGCUGAAAUAUUUUGUAGGAGUGGAAGUCACUCGAUCUAAACAUAGCUUAUUUCUUUCACAAAGAAAAUAUGACCUGCUAGCAGAUAUUGGAAUGCUUGACUGUAAACCAGCUAAUACACCUAUUGUUGAGAAUCAUAAACUUGGGAUUUAUGUGGAUUAG